AUGACCCCUCCACUUCUGUAUCCUUCAUUGAAAGCCGCCAGGCGAUGCAGCACUUCUCCAACAGCAUGGACCUCUACAAGAAUUUUCGACGAUGCCCGCGGCGACGACCACGACACAGAGAUCAUCACAUCCGAAUUGUAUGCAAACCGAUGGCCGCCGCGGUAUGUCCAGUCGAUGUCUUUGAAUACCUCGUGCGCCAUGGCCGGUGCUAGAUUAGCCGAGAGGUUGCUCAAGGCGGCACAGGUCGAGAAGGGCGUGGUUGAGUGCACAUUCGUGGACAGUCCCUUGUACAAGAACCAAGGCAUUGAAUGCUUCUCGUCCAAAGUCGAGCUUGGCCCCGGCAGAGUUCAGAAGAUCCACCCGGUCGGCCGCAGAGUUUGCCACCCAGGUCAGGGACUUGGAAGAACAGGUCGCAGGCCUGAGCCAGCAAGCCGACACCGAGAAGCUACGCCUGCAGGUGUGACGGCAGGGAACAUAUGA